UAGUUUUUUUUACUGCUAGUAAAUAAGGUAAAUAUUGCAAUCGCCGUUUCAGACACCUCAAAAAUUAGUUCUAAAAACCUACUUUGUAUGAGUGGAUGCGAUCAAUUUGGGGACAUGAAAAAACGCGAGGUUAUCCUAAAGUUGCGAAAUAACGACUUUCUCUAUAGAUGCAUCAUUACAAUAACGUGACAAAAUUCAGCCUGAUCGUGCAUCCAUAUACGUCGAGGCUUGAGGCACACACGUUUGAAUACAUGCACACACACACAUACCUGGGAGCUGUCACAAUAACGAAAUAGCAAAUCGAAGAAGUGAGAGCCGUUGUCCAAGUCGGAAGGUGUGAAAUGGGCUUCGAAGUUCAUCGAUUUCAAGGCGAAGUUGACGAAGAACUUCUUUGCCCGAUCUGCUCCGGCGUUUUGGAGGAGCCUGUUCAGGUAAGUGAUGUGUUACAGGCUCAACUCUGCGAGCAUGCAUUUUGCCGGGCUUGCAUCAACGAGUGGAUCAACCGACAACCGACCUGUCCUGUAGACCGUGCGCCGAUAACGUCUGCGCAACUGAGGCCUGUACCUAGAAUCCUAAGAAAUUUGCUAGCCCGAUUAUGCAUUGGCUGCGACAAUACGAUAUACGGAUGCCAAGUUGUCGUAAAGUUGGAUUGCCUUGUCGCACACCUCGACGAGUGCGAGUACAAUCCAAAACGGCCAAUGCCAUGCGAGCAAGGCUGCGGAUUGAUAAUACCGAAAGAUGAGCUGAACGGUCAUCAUUGCAUACGAGAACUACGCAGCCUGAUACAAUCACAGCAACAGAAGUUGACCGACGUGAAAAGGGAACUGGGAGAACAACAGUUUCAGAUCAAUGAACAAAAACGGGAAAUACAUUUGCUUAAGGAUUUUAUGAGAGCAAUGAGGGUCUCAAAUCCGGCCAUGAGAGCUAUCGCCGAUCAAAUGGAACGCGACGAAGUUGUCAGAUGGUCCGCCACGCUUCCUCGUGCCAGAGUAACUAGAUGGGGGGGUAUGAUUUCCACACCUGAUGAGCUGUUACAGGUAAAAACAAUGAUCAAGAGAACACUAUCAGAAUAUAAUUGUCCGCCACAUGUGAUUGAUGAACUGAUGGAAAACUGUCACGAAAGAAAAUGGCCACCUGGAUUAAAUUCUUUGGAAACGAGGCAGAGUUCUCGGCGUCAGUAUGAAAAUUAUAUAUGCAAAAGAGUACCUGGUAAGCAGGCUGUGCUGGUGCUUCAUUGUGAUAACACUCAUAUGCCUGAAGACAUGAUGGUAGAGCCAGGUUUAGUUAUGAUUUUUGCUCAUGGUAUUGAAUGAACAAACUGAGAUAAGAAUCUGCAUCAAAAUUUUAUAAAGACUGUACAACAUGGAAAGGAAAUUUACUUACAAAUGAAUUUCGAACACAGUCUUGUUUGAUGCAAAAAAAUCCGUACUAAUCAGCUCUUAUCAAUGUUAUACAAACUGAUGAUUCAGAGGUGAACGAUAUCUUGUCAAAGAAUUAAUCUGUUGUAUAAAAUGCACAAAAAGUUGCAGGUAUCAAAAGUCAUUUUUGGGGCGCAAAUCUAUUAUCUGUACAAAGGUGUUGUACAGAAAUUCUUGUGAGUUGUUGUGUGAUAUUUAUGCUUUUUACUUUACCAAAUACCAUUUUCGUCCCUGAAUCCAAGGUACUAAAGGUAUAACGAGUAAGACAUAAUAAUAAAAAACAAUCGUAAGAAUUCCACUACUAAAAUAGUGAAUAUAAAAUACAAGCCAUAGUUUCGAAGCAAUUUCGAAAUGUUAGCUGGGAGUAUUUGGUGAAUGUCCUAUGAGAUGUCGAUACGCUCAUCGAUAUGUAAUAUUUAUCGACCGACUGAAAUCGUCGUAAAGCCAAUUGCGAUGGUAUCAGUUUAGGCACAAGUCUGAGGUAUAAUCUGACUUUUAAAUAUCUCCACCUAUGAUUAAAACCUAAAAACAGUUUGUAUGAUAAUUUAUUCGUGAUCAAUGUAUUAUAUAUAAUAGUCCUAACGUGACAACCAAAUCAAGACUGUAUAUUUUUAUAAAUGAUUCUAUUCGUUGUUUAAUACCGCGAUAAGUUAUUGUUACUGGCAAUUAGUUAUUAUCGCUCUGUCAUAAUUGUCUAUACACGGAGUCUGUAGCGCAGUCUUCUAACGUAUGACGAGAAAAAGUUGCCUUUUAGAUGUACUGCUUAUUAGGAUAGGGCUGACAUAUUGUUGUCACAUUUGACGAAUUUCUCCGUAAUCUAAUACGUUUACAGUCAUUCAAGACUGCCACUAAUGUUAAUAUACGUACUGUCUAUACAUAUGUAAUACACGAGUAAUAUCCUGACAUCCUUCGAUUUUGGUGUAAAUUUGUUAUGCGAAGUGCAUGGUCAAGUGGAGUUUUAACUGGAAACAAAGGCACAGCAUUCAAAUCAGGACUCGGGGUCAUGUCAAAUUGCUCCACUGUACUCUUACGACGCACAAUAAAAUAUUGCAUAGUCAAAUUUACACCUAGUUACGCAUGAACAAUUUAUAAGAAAAUCUAACGAUCCAAGGACCCCGGCUUAGCAGAACUAACAAAGCACGUCCGCGAAGCCUUUCUGCUUUGUAUGAUUUUCUACAAGUAUCCGGUUCGUCUUUUAUCAUUUUCCCUGGAGACCAAAUUCCAUGCGGAUUGGUCGAUAAUUAAUGGUUUCGAAAGUACGAGGGUUGGAAAUUACUGAAAGAUUGUUCAAUAUCUUGAAAGUAGAAUAACAAGGCCGAUAAAAAAAAUACUUUUCAAUUAUUUAGUUCACUUCACACCUUUGCAAAGUAUUGUCAAAAUCUGAUAUGCAGGCCUUGCAGACAUUGUUGUCAGUUAACAUGCCCCAGACAUUUUUCUACACUUAGCAAUCUUGACCUCGCCGAUUUUCAGCGGACUAAUUAUAGAAUAUCUUCUGACAAUGGCAGUCAUUAUUUUAUUACACUUUAUUGCUUUGAGUCUUUUCCAAAGUGCUCUGAUCGUAAGUCUCGAAAAAUUUGUUAGGUAAAUACAUAUCCUAACUUGAAGUUGCAAUUAAAAGAAACUUGAUAUACAUGCGUUUCUCAUCUUGACCUAUUUUAGCAGUAAUUUUAUAUUUGCAUUAAUGUUCAAAUAUUCGAACUGAUAUUUGUUCAAAAACUGAGGAACCCGUAUGUUAAACUUAUUGUUAGUUUUAAAUACUCGAGAUUUCUGUAUGAUGAUUAAAAUGACUAUUUCACCAUUUGUUCUUACUUAUCAUACAAUAAAAUCAGUAAUAUUAUUCUCAGCAUUUAAUCAUUUCGUUUAUCACUGCAGUUUCUGACUGGGUACUAAUCACCCAAUAUAUAAUAAUAUAUAAUAUGAAUAUAUAAUAAGAGUCGAGAAUUAAUCUAUGAAACACUAAAAUGGCAAAAUUUAGUAUAUUGAUUGGAAUAAGGUUGAAAAAAGACGUGUGCUGCUUGCACUGUAAAAUGAUUCAUAAUAUAUUGCUCGACGCGUCAAAUGUAUUUUUACCAUUAUAAAAAAAUAACAUACUUCCAAAUUAUAUAAUCUAGAAAAGAACAAAGACGUCGAAUGUUUGUUUUUGGGAAAAUAACCCAUCAAGACUACAACUAAUCACUGAUACCGUUUUGAUGUAACUUCACCUACUCAAACUUUUGUAAUAUUGAGUUUGAUACAGUAAAAACUGUACACAAUAUAUGUGUUAUUUAAAAAUAUCUUUCGGUUUGUUUAUUUCACAGAUAUAUUAUUAUGAACAACAUAAUAAAAGACAAAAAACAUUUUAAAACAUACAAGUAAAAUUCACUAGCCAUUACAGCUGGAAUUUUAAUGGCGUUACAAUGAAAGCCGAAUAAUGAACUUGAUGUCGCUUGUUGAAUACAACACACAUGUAUACGACUGUUAAAUGCUCUCAAAGGCUGUUUCAACAAAUCUAAGACUGAGAAUUAUCGUUCUGGUUGUUUUAAAAUCAUAGAAUUGGAUAACUGGUGCAUUGACUUGGUAAAAAUUGUUGAUACUCGUAAUGA